GGGGAGGGGGGAUAGAUUACUAUUUUUCUCCUCUAUGAUUCUGUGAGAUCACCCUUGCGGUUCACCUUGGACUUGUAAAAAAAAAAACCGCACAAAACGCUGAUGGAUCACCUGCCACAGAAAGAAAUCAGCACGGAUCUUUGUGGUCCUAUUGUGCGACUAGGAUCGUGUGCAUUAAUCGGAGGCGGUCCAGAAUUACCUCCACAGCCUGCAGUCCAGCAGUCACCUCUCAUCAGCCCAAUAGAAUCUGGACCUACAAAUGUGACAGACCAAAUGCCGGCAGGGCAUGCUAAGUCUGGGUCCACUCCAGCAACACUGUCAAGCAUAAGCCGGCCCAGACCAACUGCUCUUGGAACUAAAGCCACUCCAAAACCAACCAGAAUCCCAGUCUCCUCCAAAGAAAUAGAUUUAAUCCCUGUUUGCAUUCCAGGACCUCAAAGUGCCAAGGUCCUGCAUCAUUCCCAGUCAGAGACUUCGUUCCCUCUUCACAGCCCCCAUAGUCCCCAAAGCCCUCAACCUUACCUUAACCCCACACCCAGCCUUCCUCCGUCCAAGCCCAAGCCCAACCUGUCCCCCAGCCUCAGCCCCAAACCAAGCCUCAGUCCUCAACCCUCACCUGGGAGCUCCACACCAGCUCAGUCUGAGAGGCCAAGAGCAGAAAACAAAGACUUCAGGGUGUACAUUGUCACAUGGAACGUGGGCUCAGCUGUCCCACCAGAUGACAUCACAUCUCUCUUUGGACCAAAUGUUUCGGAUGGGAACAUUGACAUGUUCGUUAUCGGUCUGCAGGAGGUCAACUCCAUGAUAAACAAGAGACUGAAGGACGCUCUUUUUUCAGACCAAUGGAAUGAGCUUUGCAUGGACAUGCUCAGUCCUUUUGGAUAUGUUUUGGUGGCGUCCCAGCGAAUGCAAGGAGUGUUGCUGAUGGUUUUUUCAAAAUUUUGCCAUCUUCCCUUCCUCCGAGCCAUGCAGACACAGAGUACACGCACGGGACUUGGAGGAUAUUGGGGGAAUAAAGGCGGCGUUAGUGCCAGAAUGACAAUCUUUGGCCACCCAGUGUGCUUUCUCAACUGUCACCUGCCAGCUCACAUGAGAAACCUGGAGCAGCGGAUGGAGGACUUUGAAAGCAUCCUUCAGCAGCAGCAGUUUGAAGGUGGAAACGCUACUGGUGUCCUUGACCAUGAUGUUGUGUUUUGGUUUGGGGAUUUGAAUUUCCGAAUUGAAGACUAUGACAUCCACGUGGUGAAAUGCGCUAUUGACAGCAAUAAACUGCCUCUUCUGUGGGAGCGGGAUCAGCUCAACAUGGCUAAAAUCACAGAGUCCAUCCUGGAGGGUUUCUUGGAAGGACCCCUCAAUUUCCCGCCUACUUAUAAGUUUGAUGUGGGCACUCACACGUACGACACCAGUGCUAAGAAAAGAAAGCCUGCCUGGACAGACCGAAUCCUCUGGCACCUUCGUCGGACUGGUUCCCCAGUCCCUACCCAUAAUGCAUCAUUGCAGCGCGGUCUCACCUCAUGGUUGGGUGGGGCAACUAAAGUCACACAACAUGUGUAUCGAAGUCACAUGGGCUUCACCAUCAGUGACCACAAACCCGUGUCUGCGCUAUUUUCACUGCAUUUCCCAUUCAGGGUGGACAGCCCACUGGUGGAGCUGCAGGUGAACAAGGAAUGGUGCAAAGUCUCAGAUGCCACAGUCAGAUUUACUGUUGCAGCAACGUAUCAGCGCAGCUCCUGGGACUGGAUAGCAAUAUACAAGGUUGGGUUCAGGCAUCACAAAGAUUACCAGGCCUAUGUGUGGGCCAAAGGAGAGCAUAUAACACAGGUGACAUUCUCAGAGGAAGAUUUGCCUAGAGAUGAUGGUGAAUAUUUCCUGGGCUACUAUAGCCAUAACAUGAACAUUAUUGUUGGACUGUCACCCAAAAUCCAGAUCAAAGUGCCCACUAAUAUCCCCACUGUGGCCCACUCCGACAUCUCUGAUGUCAGCUCAGAAGAUGACAGCACUCUGGUGCUGCUGGCUCCAUGCUCCCGUAGUCCCAGCCCUAAAACUGGUAAACGGCACCACCGCCAUCGCCGUAGUCGCAGCCCUGCGGUUCCUGCUCUUUCCUCCAACCCCCUCCCCUCCCUGCAGGGCCUCAGUCUCUGCUCUCGCUCCAAGGAGAGCCACACAGGAAGCCGCUCGCCCUGCUCAGCUGCUAAAAAGGAGCGUCUCGUCUCCCCUGACACCCUGCCAUCUCCCAUCAGCCCCAUCAGUCCACGCAGCCCGGUGUCUCCAGGCAGUGGCGUGAGUGCGCCUGAGGCCCUGAUUGUAGCCAUCUUAGGUGAACAUAGCCCAGCUCAGGUCAGCCCCACAGGGGUCAAACAAAUAGGGAAUCCAGGGGAGAUAGAAACAGCAAAGAAUGUAAACAUGAAGAGAUAAAAACAGAUUAAUUGCAAAGAGAACUGUGGUAAUAUCAGGCUCUGAUCUGACCCCAUACUGUCACUGUGCUAAUGGAAGCAGCACAUGUUACGAGCCUAAUGUAGAAUGCAAACAUUCCAUGUUGUAGACCUACAGAUCCUUGUUUUUGAAUCUAGCAUUUUUUCAUGCACUUCUGUACUACGUGAUGUUUUUGGAGUCAAAAAUGUGACCAGACUUUUGAAGUGCUUUCAUAGUUUUAGUGGCUACAGUAUAUCAAAAUAUCAACGAACAUGCUGAAUGUUAAACCAAAGUCUGAGUAAGUCGUGAUAAAUACGGACAGUUGUUAUUGACAGCCAUAUGGAUCCAUCUAAACAGUGUUGUAUCAGAAUGGGGACCCUGAACCUCAAACAUUGAUGAUAUCAUCAUUUAAAACUAAGAGAGGAUGUAUUUGUGCGUGUGUGUUUGUGUGUGUGUGCGUGUGCGUGUGUGUGUGUAGGGUUUAUGUAAGCAUAUGUGUUAAAAAACAUUAAUUGAAUGUUUGAAAGAUGCAUUUUGGACCUGAUGGUGACUCUAUAAGACUUGGUCUGUAUUCAUAAGUUUAAUCUUAGGUAUUAGAGAGCAGCGACAAAACAUUUUAUCACGCCAGCCAGAAAUUUACAUGUGACUCUGUGAACUUGAACGGUAAUCCUAAACCAAUGCUCUUAUUCUUCUUAGCAGCUUUGUGAAUACAGGCCCUGUUCGAUAGAGCUCAGUAUGUGGAUGCUAACGUGGCUCUUUUUGCUUCAAGGACACGGAGCUCUUUAAUUAUGCAAGUGGGAAAAUAAAAUUAUAUAUAUAUAUAUAUAUAUAUAUAUAUAUAUAUAUAUAUAUAUAUAUAUAUAUAUAUAUAUGAUUUUAUAUAUACGGUAGAAUUAGAUGAAAAGUGAACCAACUAAUGCUGUUUACUGGAUACUCAUAUUGACAAGUCUGUAUUUUGCACAUGUGUGCAGAUAUGCUGACCAAAUUUAUGUCAUUUUAGAAAGACUUCAACCCCACAUUAUUACAAAUAAGAUCACUUGGACUUCAGUCUCUUUAUGUAGAAGUACUUUGUUUGGUCAAAGAUAAAAACAAAACCAAUCAUGUUGUUCUUCAUUUUCCUGACAACUAAUACCCUUUGUGCCUGUUCAGCAGCAGCCAAACAUGCAAGAGGACGUCAGUAAUCCAAUUUCAGACAAGAACAAAUAUUUUGGAUUUUGUCAAUGACAUCUGAUAUGUUAUAUUUUUGUUAUUCACUAUACAAAUGUAUGUUUAAAAAAACUGACUUGCAAUGUAUAUAAAAGUGUAAUUUACAUGUUAAACAGGCCGUAGAAGUAUUUUCGGAAGAGAGAAAGUAUUUUAAUGGACAGUGAAAGUCAAUAUCUUGGAGCAUGCAAAGUUUAGAUAAAGAUGAUCUGGUUUGGAUAGGAGAUUGAUACAUGUACACAGAUUAUGGGUUGCCCUGCUUUAGUAAUAAAGAUAAUUACUCUCUGGAUUACAAGCAGAUCUAAAAGGAAAGACAGAUGCCAGAGAGACAAAGCAAAACAAGCUGAGAGGUAUUCCCCCCAUAAUAAGUUAUAUCAGAAGCCCGCUGCAUAGUGGUUCCCUGAUCAUUACCGUAGUUUAAAUAGAAAUAAAUGGGCAAGUAAUAAAUAGAUAACUAAAUAACGAUUCUCAUUUUCUGAAAUUAGUCUUGUGAAAGUGAUAAAGAACUUUAGGCUGAUAGAUAUGAUGAGCAGUAGCUGAUAACACAUAGUUGGAAUCAUGACUCCUUUCAAAAUAUUGUGGUAAAUCCUUAAUGUAAUUGAAAUAAAAAUGAAUUUUUACUCCCAUGAUUUAAAGAUUUCCCACACAGGGGAUGUAAUAUUAACUUAACACAUCUAAAUGUCUAAAUGUUAUUGAAAUGAUAUGACCUAAUUAAAACACACCUUUUCAAAUCUCUAAUAUAUUCAAUCUUGAAAUGAUUGGUCGGUGUGAUGGAGGAAAAUGAAGAGGAAGGGGGAAGAUGGGAACAAAUUAUCCAUUGUGGUGAUCCCCAAGGGUCUGCAUUCAGCUUGUUAGUUUAAUGCAUCCAUGAAAUGUGUUUAGUUAACAUUCCUAAACUGAUCACUGAGGGCUGGUUCUAAAUCUUCUUCAUGUUAAAAUGUCCAACUUUGCAGCAGAAAUAAACAUAUUUACAGCCUGGUUCA